AUGACCGACAGCACGAAACAGAAAUUCGGCGACGAGGUGGAAAAGGUCGCCAACGCAUAUGGUCGCCUUCCAUUGUCUCACACGUCUCUUGACGAGGCUAUGAGAACGAGACCAGAUCCGGGAACUGUUCUCGCAAUGAUGAUAGAUGCCCUUGUCAAAUCAAGGCCCAUCUCACACCAGGUUGCCGAGUCCACCGUGGCCGGACUGAUUGAGGAUGAGUAUCACGACAUCGAUCGACUUCUGGGAACCACCUGGGAGGAGCGGACCAACCGACUGAGAGUCGUCGGAUACAAUCGAUACCGGGAACAAUGUGCCUCUAAUCUAGGUGCACUCUGCGACCUUGUACUGGAGAAAUAUGAUGGCGACCUAAACAAUUUACUCGAAGAGGCCCACGAAGACCGCGAGGAAGUUCGGACACUGGUCAAAGAGUUCAAGGGGAUUGGAGAGCUGGGAGCCGAGCUCUUCUUGGAUAAUGUCCAGAGUAUAUGGCCCUCGAUGGCUCCCUUCAUAGACUCACGAAGUCUCCGUACAGCCGAGGAGAUUGGACUGGGGAACGACGUCAGUGCUAUCUACGAACAGCUCCAGCAUGAUCCGUUGAGGAUGAGUACAUUCGUGAGUGGCUUAUCGGAUAUUCGAUUGGAGCACAAACAGCACGAGAUCGAUGAGCUGUGA